UUCACUGGCACAAGAUCGUUUACAAAUCCCCGUGGGUCAAUCCCGUAAUUUCGAUAAAGACAGCGCCCGUUAAGUUACCGGCGAACGUAUAACACCCACAGCGCCCGUCAGUUUUCCCUCCGAGAACGCGCUUCUCUGACCACCAACAAACCAAACAGAAAAAAUCGAGCGACAAAGAAAGUGAGAGAAACGCCGAGAAGAUUUCAAGCUGGCGGAGAAGGUAGAGAAAGAAAGAAGAGAGAGAAAGAGAGAUAAAGCGAUGAAGCACAUUUUCAAGAAGCUUCACAUAGGGAGCAACCACGACCCGACCCGAUCGAACGAGGCCGCCGCCGCCGCGGCCUCCUCCUCCUCCGUAGCCUCGCCGUCGUGCGCCUCCGAUCACCGGACCGCGUCGGGUCAGAUUUCCGGAAACGCUCCGGCGAGUCCUUCAUCGUCUUCGCCGACGCCGGCGGGAACCGUGGCAGCUGGGGGAGGUGGCACUGUGGAGUCGACGACUGUGAAUCGGUCGGACUUUAUGAUGUCGGAAGAGGAGUAUCAGGUCCAGCUCGCCCUGGCGAUCAGCGCUUCGAAUUCGAACUUUAGGGAUGAUCCGGAGAAGGAUCAGAUCCGCGCGGCGACGCUGCUGAGCUUGGGCGGCAAUCCGAUCGAUUCUUCAAGAGAUAAGGUUGAGGCGGCGGCGGAGACCUUGUCGCGGCACUAUUGGGAGUACAAUGUGCUAGACUAUGAGGAGAAAGUGGUUGAUGGAUUUUAUGAUGUAUAUGGACUUUCCACAGAUUCAGCAAUUCAAGGAAAAAUGCCUUCUCUCACAAAUCUUGAAACAAACUUUGGGAGUUCUGGAUUUGAAGUUUCAUUAGUAAAUCGAACAGUUGAUCCUGUCUUGGAAGAGUUGGUGCAAAUUGCACAGUGUAUUGCUUUAGACUGUCCUGUCACCAACGUUGGUGUUUUGGUUCUGAGGCUUGCUGAACUCGUUAGCGAACGUAUGGGUGGGCCUGUAAAGGAUGCAAAUGUUGUCUUAGCGAGAUGGAUGGAAAGAAGCACAGAGUUGAGGACAUCUCUGCAAACAAGUGUAUUGCCUAUUGGGUCCAUAACCAUUGGCCUUUCCCGACAUCGUGCUUUGCUUUUCAAGGUACUAGCUGACAAUAUCAAGAUGCCCUGCAGACUGCUUAAGGGUGUUCAUUACACUGGUGCUGAGGAUGGUGCUGUUAAUGUAAUAAAGUUGGAGGAUGACAGGGAGUUUUUGGUGGAUCUGAUGGCUGAUCCUGGAACACUCGUACCAACUGACACCCAAAUUUCAAAGGACGCUACCUUUAAGCCAUACAAUCCAAACUUGACCAAACUUCCUACUUUCCAUUCUUAUAUCGACACAGAUAUCGCUUACCCAGGACCAAAACCAUUACAUGGAGAGGGAAGCAGCCAAAACACAGCAGUUGAAAGUAGUUCAGGUCUGGAGAGAAGACCAAGCUCAGAUAAGGGAGAAUCAUUUCCAACAUUUUCGGGUGCAAGUAGUGAGAGUGGAGUUGGUUCUUCAGGAAUACCAAAUAAAGCAACUCAGUUAGAUCAGCUUUCCUCAUCAGCCUCCAAAAAAUCACAGUACAACAGAGGUAAUCGUGGGGCUCAUGCAAUUGAUGGUGGUAUGAGGAUGAAUGUAAAUAUAGUUCCAUGUACUCAAAACAACUCUGAGGACCCAAAGAACCUUUUUGCUGAUCUUAACCCAUUCCAAAUAAAAGGACCUGGGAAAGCUUCUAUGUAUAACAAACCUGCGGAGAAAAAAGUUGAAGAGCUUCAGAGACAAAAUAAUAAUCUUGCUUCUGGUCGACCUCCUGCAUCUUUGAUGUGGAAAAAUAAAUAUGCUUUCAAUGAAGUCCCUAAAAGAAAGGAGUAUGAUGGUAUCCUCCCAAAAAUUAAUCGUGAGCCUAAUGGUUACAAUCCGUCAUCUUCAGCUUCGACCAGCUCUACUGUAUCUGAACAGGUCAAUCCUGGUGGUUUCAAAUCAACCGCUCAUUCAAAUAUGUUUGACAGAGAUGGUGAUGCCAAAAUUUUUAAAGGGGAACAACCCAGGGCUCCGAACUAUUUACAGAACAACACAGUAGAUUCUAAAGAACAUCAGAACAUUGAAACUGGUUUCAAUGAUCCUAGAAAGUUCACACAUGACAGAUUUAUGGAAUCCAAUUUGAAACUGAAGGAUCCAGAAAGUUGUAACUCAUCAUUUGAUUCCAUUACAAGCAGGGUUGAAUAUCAUUCUAGCACUAGCUCAUCAUUUGAGGAUGUUGACGUAGGUGAAUGUGAAAUUCCAUGGGAAGACCUGGUUAUUGGAGAAAGGAUUGGACUAGGUUCAUAUGGUGAGGUAUACCAUGCUGAUUGGCAUGGCACGGAAGUUGCCGUGAAGAAGUUCUUAGACCAGGAUUUCUCGGGUGCUGCUUUGGCUGAGUUCAAAAGAGAAGUACGAAUAAUGCGUAGAUUGCGUCAUCCAAACGUUGUGCUUUUCAUGGGGGCUGUUACACGUCCUCCAAACCUCUCUAUCAUUUCUGAGUUUCUUCCGAGGGGAAGUCUAUAUCGGAUUAUUCAUCGUCCUCAUUGUCAAAUUGACGAGAAACGUAGAAUAAAGAUGGCUCUGGAUGUGGCAAGGGGUAUGAAUUGCUUGCAUGCCAGUACACCGACUAUUGUUCACCGGGAUUUGAAGUCUCCGAAUCUGCUGGUUGAUAAGAACUGGAAUGUGAAGGUGUGCGAUUUUGGUUUGUCACGCUUGAAACACAACACUUUCUUGUCGUCCAAAUCAACUGCUGGAACGCCUGAGUGGAUGGCACCUGAAGUUCUCCGCAAUGAAAACUCAAAUGAAAAGUGUGACGUAUAUAGCUUUGGAGUCAUUUUGUGGGAGCUUGCAACUCUAAAACUGCCGUGGAGUGGGAUGAACCCAAUGCAGGUUGUCGGUGCUGUGGGUUUCCAGAACCGUCGCCUUGAGAUCCCCAAGGAACUUGAUCCCCUUGUUGCAAGGAUAAUUUGGGAAUGUUGGCAGACCGAUCCGAACUUGCGCCCCUCGUUCUCACAGCUCACGGUAGCUCUCAAGCCCUUGCAGCGACUUGUCAUUCCGUCGAAUCUGGACGACCCGAGCUCACAUCUCCGGCAAGAAAUCUCAGUAAAUUCUACGCCUUAAACGCCUCAUUCUCUCAACUGUGAAUACAGAGACGUUUCGCUUCUUUACUUUCGAGAUAGAUUAGGAUACCAAGUUGCGAACUCUCAAACGAUAGAUUGAAAAGAAAAGAGUGAGAAUGUAGGAAGAAGAAAUUGCACAACAGUAUUGAUUGCAUUGCAGUGGGGGGUCCUUUUUGUACAGUGUUCAUAGUAGUUAGUCCUCAAAGAAAAAGAUAAACUGGAUGUGUAGUUUGUGCGUUCAUAGCGGAGCUGCGUAGUUUGUGUUCAUACCUCCGCAGCUCCGCUAAGAAAAGGCAGAAAAUUGUGGUUGCCAAGAAUUUAAAUUAAAACGAAAGUUGUGUUAUAAUAUCUCUCUUUUUAAUCUC